AUGGUCGAGCAAGAUGAAACCCAGAUGUCGACGUCGCAGACUCUCUAUAACUCAACUUCAUCUCUCCCCACUUCGAAACUAUGCUCUCAAACAUAUAAAUCCGCAUCGCAACUAUUUUUGACGCGCCGUCUACAAGAAUCCUACAACACUCUCAUCCCAAUUGUCACAGCGCCAACGACUUCGGAUGAUGUUCAAAUCACGAACGGCGAUGGCAACACCUCAACACUCGCGCCGAUCGCAUAUGCAUCAAGCAAUGUUAGAAUAAAAGUUUGGAACUUAUACAUAACGUUGCUAAGCAAUAUCAUUGACCUGGGACCGGAGGAAGGCAAGAAAGAGUUUGGGCAGAAGGAAUGGAAAGCUCUAGUAGCCAAGGUCCGCGAUGGAUCGAUUUGGGAGGAGAUUGUGCAGACUGGGUAUCAAGGCCUGGAAGGCUCUGUCGAUGCCGAUGUAAUCAACAAUUUAGGAACGUUACUACUGACACACUCGCCGUCGCAAACACUCAACCAACAACGUCUCGAAACAUAUCUCUCCGUUUAUCAUCAACCAAACUUAGACGUUGCCGCAUACAUGGAGAAUUCGGCGUCAGGCUCUCGACGACUAACCCGGAACGGAGGAACGGACACCCCCAAGGAUUUGGUCGCACGAGUAAAAAUCAUUGAACUUUUUACGCUUCAUGUUCUCCCCCAAAACGGAGAAUGGGAUUAUGCGGCAGAGUUCAUACGACUCAGCGAGGUACUCGACGAAGAACGAAAAGAAGUCUUUCUCCAGACUUUGGAUGAACUCAAAGAGGAGAAAGAUCGAGGCAAUCAACGAGCGGCAGAGAUACAACGUGAAAAGGAAGCAGAGUUGGAGCGACAAGCACAAGAGGAGGAGGAAAGAAGGAAAGCCGCGGCGGCAGCAGAAAAAGUGCAAAAAGCGUCCGUUGAACAUCGGAGAGCGAACAGCGAGGUGGAUUAUGGGAUCGAUAAGAGUCAUCCCAAUGCCGCCGCCAAGGAUCGAUCUGCCGUUAAAGGAGCGGACAAACAGGGAUCAAGUAGCGAUAAUAAGAAAUCCAAGUCAGCCACCACGAGGCGAACGGCAUUCCCACCAUCAUCGUCAUCAAUGUCAAAAAACAUCAGAGAGCGAGAACGGUCCACAGACUCGGUGUCACGGCGUAUACGUGUUUUCUACAAUGUCAUCCGGAAUAUCUUGCAGCAUGUCCGAAGCUCCGUUUCUGGAAACCCAAUGGCAACUAUCCGUACAUUGAUCUUCAUAAUUGGUUUUGUCCUGGUGUUGGGCAGGCAGGAUGUUCGCGCAAGGAUACAACGAUUGACCAAUUCGAGUUGGCAGAAGAUCAGAGGGACGGUUGGAAUGGGGAUGAAGGUCAGCUACAUAUGA